UGACGGGCGGCGAGAGGAGAGCGUCGAAGCCAGAGGAGAGAGAGAGAAAGAGAGAUUCAGGCUGAAACUUCACUGCAGACGCUCUUGAACAGACUCCUCCAUGCCCGAGCCGGGAGCUGAUCCGCGGCGAAGUCCGCAGGGAGUCCCCUACACUGACCUGCCGCACAUCGUCAACGCCGACGGAUUGCACCUGUUCUGCCGCUACUGGGAACCCGCCGGUCCGCCGAGGGCUCUCGUAUUUAUUGCCCAUGGAGCUGCGGAACAUUGUGGCCCAUAUGAUGAGAUUGCACAGAGACUGAAGGAACUCUCCUUGCUGGUAUUUGCACAUGACCAUGUUGGCCACGGCCAGAGUGAAGGAGACAGGGUGAACGUCAAGGACUUUCAGGUUUACAUCAGAGACUCCCUUCAGCACACUGACCUGAUGAAGUCCCGCCACCCUGACUUGCCUGUAUUCAUUGUGGGUCACUCCAUGGGCGGCGCUAUCGCAAUCCUCACAGCCUGUGAAAGACCCGGUGAUUUUGCUGGAGUGGUUCUGAUAUCUCCCUUGGUCCAGAUGAACCCAGAAUCAGCCACGCCAUUCAAGGUUUUCAUGGCAAAGCUCCUGAACCACAUGGUCCCCAGCCUCUCUAUGGGCUCCAUCGACUCCAAAUGGAUCUCACGGGACAAGAGGCAGGUGGAGGCAUAUGACACCGAUGAGCUGAACUAUCACGGCGGGUUGCGAAUAUCGUUCGGCAUGCAGCUGAUGGCAGCGGUGGAUCGUAUCGAGAGGGAGAUCCCGUCCAUUAGCUGGCCCUUCCUGCUCCUUCACGGUGACACCGACAAACUCUGUGACAUCAGAGGCUCCAGGAUGAUGUAUGAGAAUAGUUCCAGUACAGACAAGAAAAUCAAGAUCUACGAAGGAGGCUACCACGCUCUUCACCACGAUCUCCCUGACGUGGCCGAGUCGGUGCUGAAGGAGGUGACCACCUGGAUCACAGAGCACCUCCCAGCUACAGCAUCGUCAGAACCACAAGGCUCGUAAAUUUGUAGCCUGCACACCUCUGUUGAAGCUCUACGAAAACUGUCAAUCUUGUCAUAAAAAGCCUGCUCACAUUCCUGUAGUGCAUCAGGCAUAACAAUACUACUGCACUUUCCUGUCUGGGAGAUACAUUUGGGCAUACUGAUGGACAUUAUAAUCUCUAUAUAACAGGUUUAUUAAUAAAUCCUCUGGGCUACUGUACAAAAAAAAAAUCACCCCUCUCUCCUGGGUAUCUGUACAUCAGACCACUGAUUUAAAUUGGGUGAUGGGGCCAGUUCUUAUUGUAAAUAUUCUGUAGCAAUGGUCAGCGUCGCGGCAAAAUUUAUGAUCAGGGAUGCGCCUCAUGUGAUCCAGCCAGUGUGUUUAUUUGGUCUGCCUCAUCUCCACUGAACUGCUCAUGUGCAGCUUUUAGCGAGUAAAGGUUGUCACAAACUUUACUCUCUAAAAGCUAGACUUCGAAGUGCAAUAAUGACCUUUUAUUUCCUCAUCAUAUAAACAGGCCAGAUCUUGUAAAUAUUUAUGACGAGGGGACACACUUCCUUCUGUCUCACCUACCAUUACCAGAUAGGUUAGAGGUCAGGAACAGUAGGAGGACAGCAGCUUUGGAGCUGUUGUCGGUUCAGGGCUGCAUGAGUAACUCAUCAUUUAGCUAAACUGAAUAGCUAAGGAAAGGUGCCAUCUAAAAUUCUCCUUCAUUUUCUCCUCCAUACGCUCUGACCUAAUCUCACCUCCUCUGCCUCUCCUGCCUCCUCAGUGAUUGUGCUGUUUUAUAGUAUCACUUUUUUGAUAUAGGCAGUUUUAACGUAAGCCUUCUCCUGACACGCUCUUUGUUUGACCUGAGGGCAGAUGGUUAGCCUAAAGACAGAUGGUUGACCCUGAUACAUCAUAUGAGGAUAAGCUCUUGUAGUCCAUCUAAAUCCAGCCUAUGAUCUUGCUUCAGAUAUUGUCCUAAUGAUGAUAUAAAUAUUUUUUAACCACCGUCAUCUAAGUGAGUGACCAAUGAUUACAAUAAUUUUCCAUUGAAGUGCUAUAUUUCUCAGUGACCCCGGUUAAGACUGUAGGGCUGGGGUAAAUUAUUCAGAUGAAAGCUGCUCUGAUGCUCUCUGCAUGUGGGAGGGCAAAGGUCAAAUGGUCUCUCCGCCCUGUAGGGCCUUUGACCUUUAAGGACAUAGUUGAGUUCACUGUCAGUUGUUCGUUGAGGCCAAACCUUCAUUAAUUAUGUUCAGACUCCAAACUAGGGGGUCCAGCUGUACAAUGAAAGGGAAACAUUCUUUAAUACGUGACUUUAUGCCAGGAAGCAGCCAGUGUGGCUUUUUUUUUUUUUUAAUCUUACACUGUAAAUCCCACCUGCUCUAUUUUUGAUGUUCUUAAAGUAAAACCCUCUCACCUUUUAAACCUCAGCAGCAGUGUUGGCAUUUAAAAUCAACCCUUGCUCGAGAUGUGCUCUCAGGUGAACCGGAGCAAUAAUGUCACAGUAGCUUAUAUUUGCAGUUGCUCGGUAAUUAUAAGCUAGACAGACGCACUCUGAACUACCUAUUUUAUAGUGUCAGGUAGACUGUAAUUAUGGGCUGCAGACACUUAGCUUUUACCUGUUCUUCAAGCAUGAUGGGGUUUCAGAUUUUUAAUGUUGCACCACUCACAACUAGGAAAGGCAAUUUAGGCUGUCAUUCUUGACAUCAGAUAUCCACAAUACUGUCCAGUGAGCAGUGCUUUGAUAGAGUCAACCGGCCACCCUGUUCUUUUUUUUUUUUUUCAAUAUUACCCCGAAUUUAAAAAAAAAGAAGAAACACACAUGCAUGGAGUAAAGGGGAAGUAACAGUCACUGUGGUAACCACAGUGACUGUUACUCGUGUAGUCACAGCAGCAGCGGUGUGACAGCACGACGCGUUUUUUUUUUGUUUUUUAUUUAUUCAUCUUGACAUGUGUUGUCACCAGGGUGACCACUGCAGGUCUGACAGAAUGAGAGGAAUUUCUGGCUUCUGUCUGUCUGCCUUUUUAACUUUACGUCUCUCCGCUCUGUCCCUGCCUGUCUCACCCAUACUGGGUUUUUUUCAGCAAUUGUAACCAGUGCUCUUUGUUCCACCCAUCACGCAGGCCUUUGUUCUAACUACAUAUUCAAACAUCUUGUACUAUUGACCACCCACGCUGUCCCUAGUGGCCAAUUAUCAGAGCUGCAACAGGUUAUGUUAUAAAGUGUAAAAAUACAAUUUUUAUCAGCUUCUUUUAAUUAUUUUUUUUCUGAUUCUUUGGCCAUAUGGCUACCGCCAAGGGUGCUGGAUGUAGGUGGGAGCAAGGGGCCAUUAAAUCUUUUUCUUUCUUCUGAGCUGAGGUGCUUUAAAUCUUCGCUUUAUGGGCCGGAAAUUGUGUUUCUGUGUCAUUAACCAACAAGAUUCUUAAAUCACAGCACACCAAUCUUAAAGACCAAUUUAACAUGUCAUAUCUACACAUUUUAGUCUCAAACUGUUUUGUUCCCAGUGUGAAAAGGUUACAUAAAAAGGCUCUAUUAUCAGCAAUGGCUUAGACAGUAGAGCAUAGUUUUUUUUUAAUCGUAAAGUGAGCAGUUUGCCUCCCAGGCCGGGCCUCUUUAGGAGCAACUUAUUUGUUUCUCUUUUUGUCCACCCACUUCUGAAAUGAAUCAGGCAUGACAUACCCUUUAACUUGCCAUCACAGAGCUUAAAUGUGACCUAAAAUUGCUGGUCUACAAGCUCUGAUGUGUUUUCUGGCUUCUAUUUUUAUUUUUCCUGAUUUUUUCAGACUGAACUAAGUCAGCUGUUUUAUCGAGUUGCAUUAGAAAAUUAGAUAAUUCAUUGUUAUCAGCGGGGGGGGAAAAAAACCUUUCAGAGUGUUUUGCAUAAUGUGUAAAAUGCAUUAAAUAAGACAUGUUAACAUGAGGCAUGAAAGCAAACAAAUCAAAUAAAGGAGAGAAUAAAUAGAAGGAACUUCAGGAUGUUUGUACAUCCUCUUCUCUAUUUUUACAAGCUUCAGAAAAUACUUUGCCAGCACAAAUAUCAGAUUACUUUGCAGUGGGCGCAGACAUAGAUGGAGAUGUAAUGUAUUCAUCAGUCCCAGUGGGAUUCAGACCCUUAACCUCAACUGAACUGCAGGGGGUUUUAUCACCAGCCCUUCAAACACAAUCUACUCCUGAUUAGGCUGCGGCAGGAACAGCGCACACAAGCGUUACGUGGCCCCAGUUUUAGUCAAACUCAUAAUAGCACCCCUGCUGCACUGCAUCAGCGCGAUUGUUUCAGCCUCGCAGGCUCCUGCGUAAUUUCAAAAAGCCCUACCUGUCAGACUACAUGAGUGCAUAUUACUGCUGUCGCUGGCUAUGGGGGUGGAGAGAGAUGGAGAUGUGGUGAGAGGAGAAGAGAAAGAAAAAGGAGAGGAGAGGAGAAAAGCUGUCAGUAACCAUGGCAGCACUUCUUUUUUUCUUUUUUUUUUUUUCUUUCAGAGAAAUCACCCAGUUAAAAUGUGUAUUCAUGAAUGCUGCAGGAAGUAUGGCAGACGCCUCUGUGCUUUCAGGGCUGGCUGUCCAUUUGUUGCUCUGAGGAUUCCCUUUUGUGUGAGCACUGAGAUAAGAGAGCAAAUAAUUAGCAUCAUCAGCUCACAGUGAAUAAUAAGAGCUGCACACACUCGCUGAAUUCAAAACUGUCUGGUCUGCUGUUUGGACUUGAAAACGCAUGAUUUCCAUCUAAGCAAUCAAUGAUUUUUAGGGCAUCAUAAGGUGUUUUUUCAAAUGUUUAGCCAUGUACACAUGCCUCACUCUGUUAAUACCUGAUAAUCCACUUGACUGUUAAGAUCCUUCGGGUUUUAGGACAGAAGUUCUACAUUAAAGGAGAGAAAAGAACAAGGGCGGGAAAUCACUGAAUAUAACUGGGCUGCAGCUUUUGUAAAAAAAUGAAGUUCGGUUGGCCGCGUUUGUUUAAUUUGUUUCUGUUUUCUUUUUUCUUUUGACUUCAUGACUGUUUCUAAGAGAAGAGCUGAUAUAUGCUAAUAAGACUGAGGGGCACAGGCCAGUCUUUAUGUAGUUUUAUAGGAUUAAAGUGCACUUGAAAGGUUCAGUGCAGAGUUCGCAUGAAUGGAGUCGACAGUCGGUGCUCAAGAAGGCAGCGAGAUUGAAGGGGGUCCUCUCCAGAAUGAAUGUAAAUGCAGGAAAACAAUUGUAUUUUAUUGUCAUAAUAAUGUGUAUUU